UUUGUUUUUAAUUUCUGCUGAAUCACACAAAUCCUCAGCAAUUUUUGUUUCUGUGUUGACUUGUGCGUUUGACAAUUUUGUUCAUUCAAUUUCUUUUUUGAUCAUUUUGAAAUCAUCAUCGAAAAAUGGAUCGUCUUUUGCGAUUAAGUAGCGGUCUGCAGAAUUUAAGUUCUGGUGGUGCUCAAAGUGAUGGUCCAGUUGUUGAUACAGCUGAGCAGGUAUAUAUUUCAUCGCUGGCAUUGUUGAAAAUGUUGAAACAUGGUCGUGCCGGUGUCCCAAUGGAAGUUAUGGGUCUGAUGUUGGGUGAAUUUGUCGAUGAUUAUACUGUACGUGUUAUCGAUGUUUUCGCUAUGCCACAGUCUGGAACGGGUGUAAGUGUUGAAGCAGUCGAUCCGGUGUUCCAGGCAAAAAUGUUGGACAUGUUACGACAAACUGGACGACCUGAGAUGGUUGUUGGAUGGUAUCAUUCUCAUCCGGGUUUUGGUUGUUGGUUAUCCGGGGUCGAUAUCAAUACCCAACAAUCAUUCGAAGCAUUAUCUGAUCGUGCUGUUGCCGUUGUAAUCGAUCCCAUUCAAUCGGUGAAAGGAAAAGUUGUUAUCGAUGCUUUUCGGUUGAUCAAUCCAAAUACAAUGGUACUGGGCCAGGAACCACGACAAACGACAUCAAAUCUAGGUCAUCUGAACAAACCAUCCAUUCAAGCAUUGAUACAUGGUCUAAACCGACAUUAUUAUUCGAUUGCGAUCAAUUAUCGUAAAAAUGAAUUGGAACAAAAAAUGCUGCUAAAUUUGCAUAAAAAAUCCUGGAUGGAAGGUUUACAAUUGAAAAAUUAUAAAGACCAUUGUUCGAUUAAUGAAUCAACUAUCGAACAUAUGCUGGAUUUGGCUAAAUUAUACAACAAAGCUGUCGAAGAAGAAGAUAAACUGACACCACAACAAUUGGCAAUCAAAAAUGUUGGCAAACAAGAUCCGAAAAGACAUUUGGAAGAAAAUGUUGAUAAAUUGAUGACCAAUAAUAUUGUACAAUCACUCGGUACAAUGCUUUCGGCUGUCGUUUUUGAUUAGCUUUGAAUUUUUCAAAAUAAUGUUUCUCACUUUUUUUAAACCCUCAUUUUUCACCAAAUAAAAUGUAAAAAAUUAUUCAA